AUGAGCGCCCGCAAGUUUCAACGACUCGCUCUUGUAGCAGCCAUAUUCCUCGCCAGCUACGCGUUCCUCACCCGGACCGACCUUGUUUAUGUAUACCAAGGUCAGACAUGGCGGGCAUUGAAGUACGUCCCGAGUAGUUUCGACUGGAGCAGUCGGGCAUGGACACACCCCAUGGACGACGAGGCCAACAUGGUCGGCCUUCCGGAAGGGAACCCUCAACAACUACCCCGGAUCCAACACCAGUUCUCCCCCGACGAGCUCACGCGGUCGCAUAACGAGACCCAACGGAAACGGCGAGACGCCGUGAUACACGCCGCCAGGAGGUCGUGGCGAGCAUACCGCGAGCACGCCUGGGGCCGCGACGAGGUCUCGCCGCAGACGCUGGUUGGGGUAGACCCCUUCGCCGGGUGGGGGGCCACGCUGGUGGAUUCGCUCGACACGCUAUGGAUCAUGGGCAUGAAGAGGGACUUUGCGGACGCAGUCCAGCAUGUCGCCACCAUCGACUGGGACAACGCAACAGACUGGCACUGCAGCCUGUUCGAGACCAACAUCCGGUACCUAGGCGGCCUGCUGUCGGCCUUUGACCUGAGCGGCGAACACGUGCUUCUCGACAAGGCCGUCGAGCUGGGCGACAUGCUCUACGCCGGCUUCGACACCCCGAACCACAUGCCCGCCAACCGCUUCCACUUCCAGUCAGCCAAGGAAGGCCGGCUGGAACCCAGCGGCCACGAAGCCUCCGCCGCGGUCGGGUCGCUCUCGCUCGAAUUCACCCGCCUGUCGCAGCUGUCGGGCGAUCCCAAGUACUACCGCGCCAUCGACGGCGUCAAGCGGGAACUGGUGCGCACCCAGAACGAGACCAGCUUGCCGGGCAUGUGGCCCAUCUUUAUCGACCUGCAGAACCGCUUCUUCGCACCGGGGACAUCCUUCUCCCUCGGUGCCUCCGCCGACUCUGCCUACGAGUACCUGUCCAAGAUGCACGCCCUGCUCGGGGGGCGAGAUCCGGCGUACGGGCAGCUGCACACCAAAGCUAUGGACACCGCGGCCCGGCACAUCCUCUUCCGCCCUAUGCUGCCCCCUUCGGAGGAUUCCGAGCCCACAAAGGCCGCUUCUCCUCCUGAUGUGCUCUUCCCCGGCACUGUGCUCUCCAACGGCCGCAUCGUCGAGUUGACGCCAGAGGUCCAGCACCUCGGCUGUUUCGCCGGUGGCAUGUUUGCCCUGGGUGGCCGGCUGUUCGGAAACGAAGAACACGUCGGCAUCGGUGAACAGCUGGCCCGUGGCUGUGCCUGGGCCUACUCCGCCUUUCCCACGGGUGUCAUGCCCGAGCUUGCUGAGAUGAUUCCGUGCGAGAGCAAGGACAAAGGCAAAGCCGACGGCCAAACCGAAAAACAAAACGACAGACCCCCACCACCCUGCGCAUGGAACGAAACCCUCUGGCUCGAAAAACUCGCCCGCGCCGGUUCCGACCCCGACUCCGACUCCGCCCAACCAUCCCCACGCGGCUUCGCAGCGCUACGCAGUCCCGAAUACCUCCUCCGACCAGAGGCGAUCGAAAGCGUGUUUGUGCUGUACCGAAUCACGGGGCGGACUGAGUGGCUAGAUGCGGCGUGGGAGAUGUUUGAGUCGAUCCGGAAGGCGACGCGGACGAAACAUGCGUAUUCGGCGAUUGAGGAUGUGAGGGCUACGGGGGUGACGGGGAAGAGGGAUUCUAUGGAGAGCUUCUGGAUCGCCGAGACGCUCAAGUAUUUCUAUCUCAUCUUCUCUGGGCCGGAGCUUAUUAGUUUGGAUGAUUAUGUGUUUAAUACCGAGGCCCAUCCUUUUCGACUGCCGAAGCCAGGCCAGAGUGAGGAGGUCAACUGA